UAGACUAGAUUAGAUAGAUGAUAAUCAUCCAUUUUCUGUACAGUUACUUGUUUGAUCAUAAACGCAAUCAUACAUAAAUAAAUCAAAUAUGUAUAGUCAUUAAUAGAACAACACAUGAGAUCGAUAUAUAUACUAUAUAUAGAUUGAUGAUAUAUGGAUCAUGGAGGAUGCAUUAUUAAUAAUGAAUUUGUGAUCUUCCAUACAUGUAACUUGGUUUUCCUUCGGGAGAUGGCGCGCUCCUCCUCCUCCUCCUCCUCCUCCUCUAACUUUACGUCAAUAUUCAGAGAUCAGAAAGGGUGGAGAACAUGUUUCCGUAGCAAUUUCUUUUAUGCAGCUUCUUUAUUCUUUCUAGCAUUCUUUAUAUGGAGCACAACCAUAACACAGCAAAAUAAAGAGGUUCUUGUAAUAUAAUAGCAAACAAAAUAUUUGGAUUUUCAAUAAUUCCCAUUGUUUAGGACUACUUAGGAAUUGUUUUUCUAUGACUAACUCUUAUACAUUUUGUGUAGAAAUUGUUGAAGUGGAGUUUACAAGGGAAUAUCUCCAACCUUACGACAUGUGAGGUAUGGUGCUUUCAAACUAUUAAUGGGAAUAACAAUAAUAAUUAAUGAAUGCAGGCCACCUGGAAGUGAGAUGUUGCCUAAAGGUAUAGUUGCGAGUACCUCUAACUUGGAAAGACGACCUUUAUGGGGUUCUCCAAAGAAGACAAAUACCUCAAAGAGCUUAUUUGCUGUUGCUGUUGGAAUAAAGCAAAAGGAAAAUGUAGAUAAGAUGGUUCAGAAGUUCCUAGAAAACAAUUUUGUAGUGAUGCUUUUCCACUACGAUGGCAUUGUUGAUGAGUGGAAGGAUUUUGAAUGGAGUAGCAGUGUCAUACAUGUAUCUGCCGAUAAUCAGACUAAAUGGUGGUUUGCAAAGAGAUUCUUACAUCCAGAUAUUGUAGAAGAGUACGAUUAUAUAUUCUUGUGGGAUGAAGACCUUGGUGUUGACAACUUCCACCCUCAAAGAUAUGUAUCAAUAGUGAAAGAAGAAGGGUUUGAGAUAUCGCAACCAGCACUGGAAAUAGGACUAUCUGAAGUACAUCAUCUUAUCACAGCACGAUGGAAGAGAUCAAAGGUGCACAGGAGGACUUACAAACGUGAUGGUAAAGGGAUUCAAUGCGAUGAUAAGAGCUCUGCUCCUCCUUGCACAGGGUGGAUAGAAGUUAUGGCCCCUGUAUUCUCCAAGGCUGCAUGGCGUUGCGUUUGGUAUAUGAUCCAGAAUGAUUUGAUCCAUGCUUGGGGACUGGACAUUCGGCUUGGUUAUUGUGCACAGGGAGAUCGAACAAAGAGUAUAGGAGUCGUGGAUGCGGAAUACAUUGUUCACUAUGGCCUCCCCACACUGGGCGAACCUGAUAAGGCCAAAUUAGCAUCAACUGGAGAUAAUUCAGAAGAAAACAAGGAAGCAUCCAAGUCAAAUGCAAUCAACAAAAGAAUUGAAGUUCGAAGACAGUCGUAUAAUGAGUACAAAGUAUUCAAAAGGCGGUGGAAGAAAGCUGGGGAGACGGACGAGUGCUGGACUGAUUUAUAUCCAGACGAGCUACUCAAGGAGGGCUCUUCCAUUUGGCCUCUCAUGUGACUUCUUUUCAUAUUCAUGUUGCACAUAAAUUCACAUUUGUAUACUACUAAUUAAUAAUCACACUUCAAUUUUCCA